AUGGCUUCAGCAACAAAUUCAACGAACCAACUUCUUCCAUUAGAGCUAAUUGACAAAUGUAUUGGUUCAAAGAUUUGGGUUAUUAUGAAAAGUGAAAAGGAAUUUACUGGCACUUUACUAGGUUUCGACGACUACGUCAAUAUGGUACUCGAAGAUGUAACAGAAUACGAAAAUACGCCGGAAGGUCGUAAAACAACCCAUCUAGACCAGAUUUUAUUGAAUGGAAACAAUAUUACUAUGCUUAUUCCCGGUGGUGAAGAAUAUCUUCUUCAAGCUACACCUUUAACAAGUCAACAAAUUACUAAACUCUCAUCUUUUUUAACUAAACAAAUCAAAAGAUCUCUUAGAUUAUCUUUAAAUACAAUGAUAUUCUACUACUUAAUAUGCUUUUACACUUUAUAA